GUCUCUCCCUCGUUGGCUGGGUUGUACACGUCAGCAGUCAAUAAAUUGUACAGGAGAUGCAAUAGUCUCAUCAUCCCCUUCCUGGUAUGAGCGUGUUGACACAUUGCACCUAAUUACGUUCGCUUUGUUCUGCUUUCCCCUACAGGUGCUAAAAAACAAGCGGCUGAGGCGAGAGUUUGUCAAAUGACACGGUAUUCAAGUGGAGAGACGAGCCUGCGAGGGGGAGAGCAGCCAUCAAAAAACGUUUGACACUUGGUUUGAGACGCGCGUCACGCGACGCUGGAUUGUAUGUAACAACUAUUGGACUUGUAACGCACGAGGAAAACUUUGUUGCAAGCACGUUUACAAUGAAGACGCGCGCGAUAAGGUGAUUGAAAGCCAUCGUUGUUAUCCGCCAAAGGUUGUUUUUAACUUUGAGAAAAAUGAGGUUUCGGCUGCUCAAAAGGAAUCUGCUCGCGCUGUUGGGUGUUUUCUUUGUAGUUGUGACUCUCCUGUUAUCAACACGUGUAUUAAUCGUUUCCGAUAAUGACACGAGUGGAGCUGGUAACGCCGUUCAGGGAAAUCACGGCGUGCAGUCUGGUGACAUGGUGAAGUUUAACUUUGGUUCGCUGCCAGAAUUGAGUCAGUCCGUUUACAAUGCUAAUUACAAACAGUGCAUCCACAAUGCGGAUAAGUUUCCAGGGGAGCCUCAUCUGGUGCUGGUUGUGCAGGUCCACAACAGGCCUGAAUACCUCAGACUGCUCAUCAAGUCACUGGAGAAGGCUGCUGAGGUCCACAGCUUCCUCCUGGUGUUUAGCCAUGACUAUUUUUCAGAGGAAAUAAACGCCAUUGUGCAAGGGAUAACUUUCUGCAAGGUACUGCAAAUUUAUUUCCCUUUCAGCACUCAGCUGUAUCCCAAUGAGUUUCCUGGACAGGAUCCACGAGACUGCCCUCGAGACAUAAGCAAGGACAACGCUCUGAAAACAGGAUGCCUCAACGCAGAACACCCUGACUCCUAUGGACACUACAGGGAAGCCUUCAUCACCCAAACCAAACACCACUGGUGGUGGAAAUUGCACUUUGUGUGGGAGCGAGUGCAGGCGAUGCAGGGCUACAGCGGCUUUGCAAUCUUCCUGGAGGAGGACAACUACAUCUUACCUGACUUUUUCCAUUUCUAUAAAUCAAUGAUAGAGUACAGGAAGAACAACUGCCCAGACUGUGACAUGAUGGCUUUGGGUAACCACAAUGGCCUGACUGAUUUUAACAAGCUGUCCAAUAAGGUGUUGACCAGUGGGUGGAUGUCCACAAAACACAACAUAGGCAUGGCCAUCUCCAGGGAGGUGUACUACAAGCUGAUGGGCUGCAGUAUGGACUUCUGCACCUAUGAUGACUACAACUGGGACUGGACUCUGCAGCACCUCUCGGGAACCUGCAUUUCAAAGCCCCUCAAAGUGCUUGUGGCUCAGGGCUCCAGGGUUCUUCACACAGGAGACUGUGGCCUUCACCAGAAGAAGAACUGCAGGCCAGAAUGGGCCUUACAGAGGGUCGAGGAGGGCCUUCAGACGGCCAAAGACGGCCUCUUUCCUGCGUCUCUUGCCCUUAGUGGAGCAGAGGCAGUGGAGCACAAGGCACACAUGAAGAAUGGAGGGUGGGGAGAUGUCCGUGACCAUAUUUUAUGCAAUAACUAUGCCAAACGUCUUUGAACUGUGCCUUUCUUUAUGUAACAUGGGUAAAAUGUUCAUCUGUAUUCUGCAAAAUAUGUGCCAUUCACACCAUUAGGGUUUCAGAGGCGGCAGUGGUUGUCACUUUCAGUGUGUUAUGUUUCCCCCACCAGCGAGGUCUUCCACAAAACCACAACCAAGUUAAGUCCGAGUAUGUUACAUGUGCUCAGCUAGAGUUUUAACAUCUUUUUUUUUUUUUU